AUCAAGUUAUCAACUACUGGAAGUCAAACCGUUUUUAAAUUGUAAAAAGUAUUAAUAAAUCAAUCCCGUGUUUGGCUACAGGCUGAUGGCACCAAGCUCGUGAAACUCCCAGGUGUAUUUUUUCAGAUGAACCGUGAGGUGAACUAAAGUAGAAUUUGAAGGUCAGGCUUGUGGCUAAUUUCCUCCAGCCCGCAGCGAUGAACGAGGGUGGGUGUACCCCUGCCGCGUGACGUCAUCGCAUCGUUCUUCGUACCCCGGGUCCAUUCAUGCCUGCCCCAUCACAUUGCCGUGCGCCUCGCCCUGUCCACACCCCACCUUUGAAACAGAGAAGUGAAACAAACGAUAAAUUGGGAUACGUUUUUCCGUUGUGCGACUGGACUGUAAAACACGGAAUUAAACGUCUACACUUCGGAGAGCAAGUUAAACAAUAGGUGAGACCGUAAUUAUUUGGGUGCGCUUCAUCCACGCGGAUGUGACAGUUGCCGCCUCGCGCUGUUCAGUAAUUCGGAGCGACCUAAAAACAAAAGUCCGUUCAGAAAAUUCGCCAGUGUCAAAUGUCGUUGCUGAGUGACAAACACUCACGUUGCAGGAGUACUUCAGUGUUAAGUAAUUUCUAAGUCUGUAGUCGUUCCUCCAUUCGGCAUAUAUUUAAUACACCCAGCAGCAUUUUCUCCUAUUAAAAGCCAACUUUGACAAGUUUGCCUGUUGUCUUACUCAGUCAGCAUGUGUCUGUAGUGUACACAGAGCGCACUUUGUGUAGCUUAAAUCCAGAAAAUCCAACUGCAAAUUUAGCUCUACUACUAUUACCCGGUAUUUUACAUUGUUGUCACAACAAGAGCAACAUCUGCAAACAACUCCUGCGAAACACGCACAGCCAUCCGCAGAUCUAACACCUGGACACAUCUGUCAGGGCUCGAGGACAGUGGACAUAUUCACAGGUUUUCGUGUCUUUUUUUGAACUCCAACAGACAUCACCAGAGCAGACAUCGCGCAUUGGACACAGCAAGUAGGAUGGCUGCAGACUACUUAAGGACACACUUUUGACACUUCUUUGGAAUCAGAGACAUAUGAUCUAAUGAAAAUGUCUUCAAACGGAACAAGAGACCCAUGCCACUCCCAACACCAUAUUGACUCCGAAAACCCGUUCAUCAGUGCCACCAUGUUUGCUGCAGGCAUCUUUGGCAACGUAGCUGCACUGGUGAUCCUGGAGAUCCGGCGGCGCAGAGAUACGAGGAACAGGGGCGCAGCGCGGCGCACAUUGUUUCAGGUCCUUAUCACAUCGCUGGUGGUCACAGACUUGGUGGGGACCUGCCUGGUCAGCCCACUGGUGCAGGUGGCGUACUCACACAACACUUCCAUGGUGGGGAUGUCACCUGACAAUAAAAGUGUGUGCAUGUACUUUGGUGUGAGCAUGACCUUCUUCAGUCUGGCCACCUUGUCCCUCCUCUUCGCCAUGGCACUAGAGAGAUGCUUUGCCAUUGGAUACCCCUACUUGUACAGCCGGCACGUCACCAAGAAAUGUGCCUAUAUCACAAUCCCAAUGAUUUUUGUGUUAUGUAUGACAUUCUGUCUCCUCCCUUUUGCUGGAUUUGGUGUAUAUGUACAAUACUGCCCUGGCACAUGGUGCUUUCUGGACAUGAACCCAGAGCGAGGAGCAGACCGGGCCUACGCCAACCUGUAUGCCACUAUCAUGCUGCUGCUGGUGCUGGCCAUUGUGACGUGUAACGGAUUUGUGGUGUACCACCUGUUCAGGAUGUACCAACGUCGGAAGAGGAACGGCGGCUCGGUGAUAGGAUCCAUGAGGGCCAACAACGACCGCAGGGUGAUGUCCAUGGCUGAGGAGGUGGAGCAUCUCAUCCUGCUGGUCUUCAUGACCAUCAUCUUCAUUAUCUGCACACUGCCCCUAGUGGUCCGGGUGUACAUGAACUCCAUAGGACUUCCUACUGAGUCCCACCUCAAGGACCUGAUCGCCCUCCGCUUCAUCUCUAUCAACUCCAUCAUUGACCCCUGGGUUUUCAUCCUCUUCUCCCCCAGCGUGCUGCACUUUUGCUGGGCUUCAGUCUACCAGGCCCCCCUGGGAAUCUCCAGGGGCUCCAUGUUUAAAUCAUCUGUGGCUAAAGACAAUUCAGCUAACAUAGAACUGUCUCGCCCAACACUGGACUACAACAACCAUUUUCAAACUGUGGAAAAUCUAUGACCAUAACAGUACAUUACAAUGAGAUAUUUCUAUUUAUUGGACACAUGGUUGUGGACGGUGUGUUCUCCUUGGUGAUCACAUGAAGUGGAGAGGUUUUGUGGGCCUCAACAUCUGCUCCCUUUGGGUGGUGUUUCAGAUCUAUUUUGUGGGUGUUUCCAUGAGAUAGCGGUACUUUGUGUCAAACUGAUAAACACUUCCAUCCAGUUCUAUCAGCUGGUGGCUGUCUCUCCCCUUUUACUGGGUGUUUCCAUCCUCUUCUAGCAUUUCAGCAAAUUUUGAUUGCAUACUGACUUCUCUAGAGCUUUAUAUUCAAAGUUAAAAAAGCUCAACAUUUUGCCUCCUUUGCUGCUUGUACUUUAUGUCAGUGAGUCAAUUAAAUGAAAAGGCUGCUGAGAAAGACUUGAUUCAGAUUCUGUAAUGAUGUGGAAUUGACAAACUACAAGUGCUUUCAUCUACACUGUAAGUCAAAGCUGUUCAGUCUGAGAAUCUUGAGCCAGCAGAGCGCAACAUAGUAAAAACAUUGUUCUGUCACUGUGUACAGGAAAGGGAUGAGCCUUCGUUUCAGGACAAACAGAGAAGGAAGUGAUAAUUAAUGACAUAAAGCCUUGCAUGUUCAUGCCUUCACUGAUUCACGUGCUGCUUUCCAAAUAGCUGUUACCUCAGAAUAGUGAGUCGAGUGAGACGUCACAUUUCCACAGGAACCAUUUCCACCUGCCAAUAAUAUGUAACUGUAUAGAGCAAAGCAUGGAAUCCAUAUAAAGUCAAGUGAAUACAAAUAGAUGUAAAUGUAUGAAUAAUAAGUAAGCACAUCCAGAAAAAAGGCCAUGUAUUACAACAGAAAAUAAAUAGACACAUUUCAGUGCUGGUGUAAAUAUAAUCAGUUUGAAGCACACCUAGAUAUAACCUAGACAUGUUUCUACAAGUGAAACAAGGCUGAUACACACUUCACUGAUCAGGGAUCAUCAUCUUGAAAACAUUAUCUUAUCACCUUAGAGCUUCUUAACCUCUGGUCUGCUUUUGUAACCUUUCCCCUCACAUCCAUACCAGAUCCCUGCUGGAAAGGUCAAAGGGCAAAACGCCUGGAGAGACGUUCAGUGUAUAAGACAGAACUUCACUCAGGGAGUGGGCAGAAAGAAUGAUAAACACAGUAGAGGUCAUACUGAUGGCAGUGACAUUAUUUAGUUAUGUCUGUAUAUGUACAUUAUGUAGCAUCUAUUAUAAUAUUUUCGAAAAGUAUGAGACACAGUUACGUUUUGACUUGAAAACGUCUGCUUCUUGUAUUGUUAAGUAACAGCAGAUAAAUAUUCUUGCAUAAUCUUGCUGUAAUUAUAAUGCAUGUGACCUACUAAACUGGCAACUGAGUGUAAAUCACCUGUUACUCUUUAAAAAAGCACCAAUGUUUAUUUUGAAUUCAUGCCACAAAUAAGUUGUCGGCAUGAACAUGUCACUGCGGGACAAAACUCUUAGCAACUUAAAAAUAUUUCCUCUUGUAUCUUGUUUUGUUUCCUCCUGGGAUGUAUUUUCAGUCACAUUGCCUGUAAGUUACUUGGAAAAACCAUGAAAGGAGUGCCCUUGAUUUCUAUCCAUCAAAUUGACAACUAAAGUGCCAUUUGAACUGCAUUAGUUUUACAAGGGAACAUCCUGAAAUCUCAUUUUUUUAUUCAGCGUGUGUCUUUCCAGAGGAGCGUUGGUAUGGGCUUAAUGACAUCUCCUUAAAUUGCCCCUCACAGCCCACAUGGAAAACGUCAUGAUUACAGUCUCUGAUUAUAUCCUCAUGCUGAUUGUUCAUCUAUCAACUACAGAAAAUGGAGGCCCACCAGUUCAGUUCUAAGCUUUAAAUCCCCCCUGCUGUAGACCGUAUCGGUCAGUAUUAAUGUUUAUCAGUAGAAAGUUACGUAUGAUGGAUUCCUACUGGGUGAAAUUACACAAUACCGUGGGGACAUGUAACUAUUACAACAUCUCCUCCUUCAGAAUGGAACUGGGCUCAAGUGUCUGGCAAGAAAAUAAGCUACUACAGAUUUUCGUGGGAUCUCCGGCCAUAAAUCCCUCAAAAAAGAAAAACACGCCAGCUGGAGUGACUCGGGUUACAUAACAACAGGGGUUCAGUUUAUAUUCCAAGAGUUUGGUCCUCAAGUGUUAACAAUGUGAGAAAAACUGCAAGUUCUCAACAAUCUGUUGUUUUAAAAGAUGCCAGACAAUGUGAGAAGUGUGUAAGUGUCAGGUAAAACUUUGUGGCUGUGAGCCAUUAUGUGAAUGUGUUUGUGUGGUGUGUGUGUGUGUGAGAGAGAGAUAUUGUUUGGCUAUUGUGUUGUAAGAACAGCCGUUUAUUGCCUCCCCUGGUCUGUUGUUGGUUCAGCAUCACAAUGUUCGGUGUUUACCACAGACGUGCUGCUUCCUGUGGAUGUUAUUUGUGAAUUUUGCCUCAGUGUAUACAUGUGUGCGCCCCUGCAUGUGUGAGCGCUUUUUCCUGUUGUUAUUAGAGUUUGUGAGUGUAUUUUUUGCAAAUAUAGACGUUUCCAUAUAUAUGCUUGUGUGUCCAUGUUCCUAUAAUAGGUGGUGUGUGUGUGCAUGCUAGUGUGUGUGUGUUUGUGUGUGUGGGACAGACAGCACUGAAAUGUAAUGAUGUCAAACCAGAAUGCUACCUACCUGGAUGUGUUGCACUCUGUAAUUAUAAAGUACUGUAGAUGAAACUGAAUGCACUGAGCACACAAGUGUGUAUGUGUGUGUUUUAUGGCUUGUGUAAAUAAACAUCUCAUUCACCAAAAA